ACGCCUCCAGGAGGGAGCUGCUCCUCACGUCUCCUCCUCCUGUCUGUCCAGCCGGCAAAGUUGUUACUGCCAGAGUGGAAGUGUUCUCAAACUGGACAGAGGAAACACGGAAAACUUUUCCAGCUCCAGCUGCCACUCUCAACCCAACCCACAACUGGAUAAAUGUCCUAGCUGGACGCGUCAUUGCGCGUGGGAAUGCGUUUCACCGUUAACCGUCCGAGCUUAGGAUAAAGGAUUCUCAUGCCUCUAUGCAGUGUUUAGGAGACAACUGUUUUGUGUGUGGAUUUCCAUCCCUCCAUAUAAACAAAAAAGAAAGUAUGAUUAGUGCGGAUGUGUAAAAACAUCCACUAUUCUCUUUAGUUUCAAAGUAUCAGUGCUAGUGUCAGCCCCGCAUCCUCCGUAUUUAAAAUGCUGAUCCUCGUGUAUACAGCUGUGCUCUUUUACCUCAAGCAGUCAGCCGGCGCCGAGCCGAAUGCAACAUGUCCAACCCGAUGCGAUGUGAAUACCUGUCCGGGCCCUAGCUGCCCCAACGGCUACGUGCUGGACCGCUGCAGCUGCUGCCUGGUGUGCGCCUUGGGGGAAGGAAAGUCGUGCGGCCGCCGGGACGAUCUGCCGUGUGGGGACGGCCUGCAGUGUAAACCCAAGGCGAGCAAGCGUUUCUCCCACGGAGUCUGUCAGUGCAAGUUGAGCCACGGAGUUUGCGGCAGCGACGGGAAGACCUAUGUUAAUGUUUGCCAUCUGAGGACGAGCAGCAGGAAGGCCGUGCAGCUGGGACUCUCCAGCAUCACCCAAGUCCUGCGUGGAGCGUGUGACGCCAGCAUAGAUCCUUCACAUGCCGCCAGUCCUCGUUACAAGUUCAACUUCAUAGCUGAUGUAGUGGAGAAAAUUGGUCCUGCUGUGGUCCACAUCGAGCUCUUUCUCAGGCAUCCUCUCUUUGGUCGCAACAUCCCUCUGUCUAGUGGAUCUGGAUUCGUGAUGGCAGACAAUGGACUUAUUGUGACUAAUGCCCAUGUAGUCUCCAGCACUACUCCAGUAUCCGGUCAACAACAUAUCAAGGUCCAGAUGCAUAAUGGUGACGUAUAUGAAGCCAGCAUCAAAGACAUGGACAAAAAAUCUGACAUUGCUACCAUCAAAAUCAACUCACAGACAAAGCUGCCUGUGUUGUUUCUGGGCCACAGUGCAGAUUUGAGGCCAGGAGAGUUUGUGGUUGCCAUUGGCAGCCCCUUUGCCCUCCAGAACACUGUCACCACUGGCAUCGUCAGCACUGCACAGAGAGAUGGCAAGGAGCUGGGCCUGCCGGACUCUGACAUGGACUACAUCCAGACAGAUGCUAUUAUCAAUUACGGGAAUUCCGGCGGACCUCUUGUCAAUUUGGAUGGGGAAGUGAUUGGCAUCAACACCCUGAAAGUUGCAGCGGGAAUCUCAUUUGCCAUUCCCUCUGACAGGAUCACUCGCUUUCUUAAUGAUUCCCUUGACAAGCAUAACAAGGAUGUAAGCGUAAAGAAGAAGAGUUUCAUCGGAAUCAGGAUGCUGACAAUCACACCAGCGUUAACUGAAGAGCUAAAACAGCAGAAACCAGAUUUCCCUGAUGUUACCAGUGGGAUUUUUGUCCAUGAGGUCAUUCCUCACUCACCUGCACAGAAAGGUGGUAUCCGAGAUGGUGACAUUAUUGUGAAACUAAAUGGCAGACCAAUGACAACAACAGGUGACCUGCAGGGGGCGCUGCAGGAGGAGACCGCCUUGCUACUGGAAGUCAGGAGGGAUAAUGAUGACCUGCUCUUUAAUAUCGAACCUGACAUUAUUAUGCAGUAGACAUUGUCGACACAGCACUGCUGCACAGUUAGACCUACAGCGGAAAUGACAUGGUGGAUGGUACAACUUAACUGUACCAAAAUAAAAGGUGCAAAGUAUCGUUAAGGACAACAUGGUACAUGCCCACCCCCUCUAUCAGGUCAAGGCUGGAAUAACCUGCAGUCAACCACACCCAUUUAAUGAAUGUUAACUAUGUGCUUCUUUUACAAAGAUAGUUUCAGUCAGUAUAUAGAUUUUAAUGAAGAGAAUAACUAAACAACAACAGCUGUUGGGCAGUAUCUCAGGGUGUACAUGUGGGAAAUGACAAGAUAGCAGCCAAGUUGAAUCAUGUACUGUGGACUGUUACACAACUGUUGCUGGUCUCCACACCACCUCACUCUCUUCUCUCCCCUCUUUUUUCUCUGCUCACCCUAACCAGUCUGUUUCUGCCAGAGGUUUCUUCCCAUUAAACAGGAGUUUUCUUUCCUUCCACAGUUGGCAACCGUUUGCUUGUUGUGGGAACUGUUGUGUUUGCCUAUAAUAAUGUAUGGUCUGAUUCUGUGUUUCGAUUCUACGCUAUACAAAUAAAAUUGAAUUGAAAUUAUGUCAACACUCAAACCUACUUAUGCAGGAUGCGUGGCCCCUAAGGUCCUGGGAGUAAAAGCAUUAGUGCAACAAAACAUAUCCCAGGUUGGUUGAACUUGAUCAUCUCAUAGUAUGGGCCCUAGCUUUAUUUAUUUCCCAAAUAAUAGGGUUAAUAAUAAUAAAAUCCAGGGCUGUGUAUUUAAUCAUUUUUCUGAGCACAAACAAAAUGUAGAGCUAGUGGGCCGUGAGGAGAUAUUAGCCGAAUUUCACAAAAAUUGUUCAAAUUAUACAUAUGUACCUUACUGAUAAUUACGAUCUUAUACAUUUUACAAUACUCAAAUUACUCACUCACUCAUCACUCACUCAUCGUCAUCCGCUUAUCCGGGGUCGGGUCGCGGGGGGAGCAGCUCAAGCAGGGGGCCCCAGACUUCCCUUUCCCGGGCCACAUUGACCAGCUCUGACGGGGGGAUCCCGAGGCGUUCCCAGGCCAGUGUUGAGAUAUAAUCUCUCCACCUAGUCCUGGGUCUUCCCCGAGGUCUCCUCCCCACUGGACGUGCCUGAAAAACCUCCCAAGGGAGGCGCCCAGUGGGCAUCCUUACCAGAUGCCCGAACCACCUCAGCUGACUCCUUUCUAAGUAAAGGAGCAGCGGUUCUAAUCCGAGUUCCUCACGGAUGACUGAGCUUCUCACCCUAUCCCUAAGGGAGACGCCAGCCACCCUUCUGAGAAAACUCAUCUCGGCCGCUUGUACCCGCGAUCUCGUCCUUUCGGUCAUCACCCAGCCCUCAUGACCAUAGGUGAGGAUAGGAACGAAGAUCGACCGGUAGAUCGAGAGCUUUGCCUUGCGGCUCAGCUUUCUUUUCGUUACAACGGUGCGGUAAAGCGAACGCAAUACCGCCCCCGCUGCUCCGAUUCUCCGGCCAAUCUCACGCUCCAUAGUACCCUCACUCGCGAACAAGACCCCGAGGUACUUGAACUCCUUCACUUGGACUAAGGACUCAUUUCCUACCCGGAGUAAGCAAUCUAUCGGUUUCCUGCUAAGAGUCAUGGCCUCAGAUUUAGCGGUGCUGAUCCUCAUCCCAGCCGCUUCACACUCGGCUGCCAGCCGAUCCAGUGAGUACUGAAGGUCACAAGCCGAUGAUCCAAUGAGGACCACAUCAUCCACAAAAAGCAGUGACGAGAUCCUCAGACCACCGAACUGCAACCCCUCCCCAGCACGACUAGGCCUCGAUAUCCUGUCCAUGUAUAUCACAAACAGGAUUGGUGACAAGGCGCAAUUACUCAAUUAUUUAUUAAAAUGUUGUAUUAAAUUUCUUUGUUAUUUAAAAAUUGUGCAACACACAAACUUCAUAUAGCUUAGGGACUAUACAAAAAUUAUUUGUUUUGACCGACUUCAUUUAUUAGUCAAAUUAAGAUUCUUGAAUAUUUUUGGAACCGAAUAAAGCUGAAUACAGAGGACACACAUUAAUAAGUUGAGAGCAGGACCUAAUUUUACACAGUAAACCAAAAUAAAAAAAAUUGCUUAUUGUAGUAGAAAAAUUAACUAAACAUGCUUAACAAAAUACUUUGUAUGUGGAUAGUAAGUUUCUGCAGCCUUGUAAGAGACUUUUAUGACUUGUAUUUACAUACACCAAAUGUUUAAGACUUAUGGUCGGCACUGUUAGUGUUGAAUAUAAUACGGUGAGACCAUUUGUUACUUAAUUACCCAUCAAAGGAAGGAGUGGAUGUCUUCUUAUCACCUAAAGAAACACAUGUGAAUCAGCUGCUAAUGUUUAGAUUCCUCUCUUUCCCACCACCCAUGUAUCCUUCCUGGAUUGGUUCAGAAGGACAGCCCUAAAUCCUCCUAUAUAAGACCUGUGUUUUUGACUGUUCUUUAUCCUCACUCUGAGACCCUUGUGGUUUCCCUGUGUUGAUCCUUUCUGCAGAAAGCCCCUUAUUAAAUACACGUAGAUAACUUUGUUGUUUCCAGCCUCUUGUAUCUCCAGAUUUCCAUCACACUUAUCUAAAAAAAACUUUUUUUCAAGAUUAUGCUUCCGUAUAAAUAGUCUAAAAAGAUAGACUAAUGAGAAAUAGCCUGAGAGCUGUGACAUAAAGAGUUGAAAACAGGAUAUAGAGAUUAUGCUUAUCUAUGCAGUGGUGGAAGUGUUCACAAGCAAACAUCUUGAUUUCCAAGCCCUAUAACAAUUUUUCUAUGUAUUUAUUGUGUUAUGCAUAUUACAUUUUCAAGGAUGUCCAUCUAAAAAAUGUUGAUUAGCCAAUAAAUUCUACUAUAUGUAAUAGCGAGUGUUCAAUACUCAUGUCUGUCCCUAUACAGUAUAAACAUGAAGAAAAUAAAGGCUACAUACUCUAA